UUAUAUAGCCAGUUUUCACAUGGUUUUUGGACCGAUGCUCCUGGCUCGUCUGCCUCUCAAGGACCAGCGAUAGUAGAGCACACGCAGAACGCGGGGCUGUCAGAGAUUAGAUCCCGUGCUGGUGUGUGUGAACUUCACUGGCGGCUGCUGAAGGAAACCUCCCCGUGCGAGGCCAAUGCUGCUGCUGAUCCCGUCUUGGCAAUCGCUGUCCACUGGCAGUAGUGCUGAAACAGACGCAUCGAUUUUUCCUCGGGUGACGUAGUCUUAAGCGUGGGGGUGCUCAGUUUAACAGACUAGAGAGGCACAAAUCACUACUGGGAUGGAAAUAAAACCACUAAAAGUGUAAGUUAUUACAAUAUAGAAAAAUAGAUUAAUAAAUUCAGGCAAAGCACAAGAACCAAGUGGCUGGACUUUUCUCCGCCCUCAGAGCAAGCACGUCGAUCUCCUUGCAGGACUCACCGGGAAUCCUUUAGCGAAAGAGGAAGAGAGAAAGGGACUACAAGUCGAUGAGGUACGCAGAGAUACAUUUCCAGAAGGGAAACAGGUUAUUUUUCCAACUAAAAGACAACAAUUACAUCACGAUAAUGGGCUGUAUCGGCUCGAAAACCCAGCUUGUGCCUGUCGACCGUGCGUUGCGCGUGGACUGGAGCGCAGAGAGUUCCUUUUCAGAUCUCACGCUCUUGGGGAACACUCGGACCUGCUUGGCACGGAGACUUUUACACCGUGCUGUGCUAGAAAGCUGGAACCUAUGUGAGGUAAAUGUUGAAGACACUGUCGAGAUGCUGCCAAAAUCAAGAAGAGCGCUCACCAUUCAAGAGAUUGCAGCACUGGCAAGGUCAUCAUUACAUGGUAUCUCCCAGGUUGUGAAGGACCAUGUGACCAAGCCGACAGCCAUGGCGCAGGGGCGAGUGGCGCACCUGAUCGAGUGGAAGGGGUGGUGCAAGCCCACCGACUCGCCCGCUGCCCUCGAGUCCGACUUCAACUCGUACUCUGACCUCAGCGAGGGGGAGCAGGAGGCUCGCUUCGCAGCAGGUGUGGCCGAGCAGUUUGCCAUCGCGGAGGCCAAGCUCCGAGCGUGGUCAUCUGUGGAUGGAGACGACUCAAAUGAUGACUCCUACGAUGAAGACUUCCCCCCGGCGAACGAGCCCCCCCACACCACCCAAAGCACAGACACGAUGGUGUACCCCCACUACCUGCGGGACCUCCUGCACAGCCACGUGUGCCAGCGGCUGGUGACGCGGGCGCCCUGCGAGGGGGACAGCAGCGCCGAGCCCUCGCCCGCGGGCGGCUCGCCCGACACCCUGUGCUCCAGCCUGUGCAGCCUGGAGGACCACCCGCUGCUGCGCGACCUGGGCUGCCCGCCCGCCACGCCCGCCGACCUGGCCGCCAAGAUCCUGGGCGCGCUGCAGGGCGGGGAGGAGCUCCUGGCCCGGCUGCAGAGGGCCGGGGGCGGGGACUGCGCCUUCCGCAGCCUGGGGCGGGGCCGGCCCGGUGACGACUCCUCCUUCUCCAUCUCCUGCUCCGAGUCCUUCCUGUCCCCGGCCGAGGACGACGACCUGCCCUGCAAGGACUACGAGAGCGUCUGCCGGGACGUCCCGCCCGCGUACGCCGCCCGCAGGAAGGUCUCCGACGUGGCCUCCUCCGGGGUGGUGUCCCUGGAUGAUGAAGAAGAGGAGGAGGAUGAAGUCGAGGAGGAGGAGGACGAGGGACGGAGGGAGCGGGGGCAAUGACUUCUCCUCCCCCGGGGGUUUAUUUUCAUUUGAUUUUUAGUGUGCCCUGCAUCACCCCCUCAUCCCCCCCCAAACCCACCCACCUCUCUGCCAAUGGUCUCUGUUCCCUAUUGAAACUUCUUUGGCAUGUUCCUUUGCUCUCUGGCCAUUCUAUUUCCUCUAACUCUGUGUUUGCUUCCCUUACUCUCCCACCCCUUGCUCUGCCCCUCCCUCCUCCCUGCUUGGUUUGAAAUGUAUCGAUAUAUAUUUUUGUGUCGCGGCGUCCAAACAAUCGUUGUCAGAAGUGGGAGGGAUGGACUGCAGCCUCUGUGUUUGGCACAAACCGGUUGCCUGUGGGUUUGGUCAAAGGCUUAAAGAGUACACAGGGACAAAAACUGAUGAACAAAAAUGAUUUUAAAAAGCUGAAAAUGUCUUUUGCAUGUAUUGCAAGUGCUGAAAUGAACAUGCGGGCUGAUGUGGUCUUGAGCACAGUUUGUUAUUCCCACUGUUAUGAAACUCCCACCCUCCCCCAUUAACACCCCCCCUAUCCAUCCAUCCAUCCUCCCCCCACUGACCAAAUUGUCCUCAAUGAAAAUCCAAACAUGGCAUCCUAAAUCCCUCCUUGCGUGAAAGACUACAGCUCCUCAAACGGCAUGGCUUGCUGAGUAUGCCAAUCUAUUAACCUGUCACUACAAAUUAUAAAGCAUAUGCUGGAAUGUUCUUAAACUGACAAGAUUAUGUCUUUUAAAAAAUAUUUCUCACAGACUAAUGAAAUAAGGGUGUGCUUUUCUUGUACUAGUUUUCUAUCAUUCAACAUGAUGUUACUAUGAUAAUUAUUAUGAUUCUGAUCAUGAGAACAUGUACCUGGGGGGUUGUGGGAAGAUGUUUUUUUUUUUUUUGUCCUGAAUUUCUCUGAAGAAGAACUCUCAUGGCUGUCUUAAACGAGCAAAAUGUUCUUGAAGUAACCCUUCAGUGCUAGAAGUGUAAGGUUUGGUUAAAAAAACUUGGAAAAUAGACAAAAAAACAGAAAUACUAGAUUUCAGUGAUGCAGCGGAGAGGAGGUGAAUUGUGUCUCAGAUUUUCUAUAUUUUUGUAUGCGUCGUCAUGCUUUGAUCUCCUUGACUGUGCGGCGUGGCUGUGUCCGUGGUUUGCACGAAGCUAAUGUGGCCGUAGGUUUCUCAUCUCUUUGUUAUCACUGUGUGAUAUGGUCUAAUGGAAAAAAAAAAAACAAUGGAAAAAAAAAUCUGAAUUUUUUAAAAGAGAAUACUGUGAUAUUGUUUGUUAUUUUCACUGCCAUGUCCUUUUCUGCAAGGAUUUCUAUUCCUUUCUGAAUUACUUUCUGUUGUUUUUUUCCUUACGAAAUGUUACUGAGUUACGCUUUCGUAACCCUCUGCUGCCGUAUCACAGUUUCUUGAUCCUUUUUGCCUACUUUUUUUCUCUUUCUCUCAGUUCUUUGCUGAGAGCUCUGUCUCCCUCUCUCUCACUGGUUUUCCUUGCAGACCUCAGUCUCAUUCAUUACAGUGGGAACAGAAGAUUGACAUUUAUGUUUUAGAGGAAGCCAAAUUGCAACAUCAGUGGUCCUUGAACAUAUAGCAUAGCAAAUUUGUUAUUAAAACAGGAAAACACACAAUGAGUCAGAUUUUAUCCACUGUGUCCUUUUGGAUAAAUUGUUGCUUUGGUUAAAUUAUGAGGAUGGCCUGAGGAGUUUAAAAGUCACUUUCUUUGACUGUAAAACCAUGAAACUCAGGAAGUUCCACCUACACAAAUUCUAGGAAGUCUUGGCCUUGAUUUAAAUCCUUACUCCUUGCCCGUAAUGAUUAUGUCUGUAAGGAGCACUAAUGACUAUACGGGACAAUUGCUUUGUAAGGAAACUGUAGACUCAAAUGAACAAAAGUAACCUCUGAUGAACUAAUCUGAUCCUAUCUUUCUUUGAAUAUCAAUUUUAACAGUUUCCAAACAUUGUACAGCCCUCAGACCACAAAGUCUGAAUAACAAUACAAUAUCUGUGUUCCCUUUAAAAAUAAUGCUGUCUGUUGUGUGGUUAUGGUGAAUUAGCAUAGUGCACAGCUGCAGGUCACAUGUUCUUUGGUGACAUGCUACGAGCCAAUCAGGACCCUGGAACAUCAGAGCAUACCAUGUUGUGCAUAAGACAGAGAGGGUGGACAGAGACCUGAGGAUGCCUCAAAAGGGCUGUAGGACUCAUUUCUCCUUGAGAGGGGGAGAUGGUAAAGACUACAAUCAUGACCAGGAAAGCAAUUUUGGAUUCUCUGUUGAUUUUAUUUCAAUAUUCUGCCUUGGAUAUGCCAAAUGCAAAUAUAGCAUGGAUCAUUACACUGAUAAACAACACUAUAACAAGCACAUUGACCAACCUGGCUGACCUUUUCUUUCAGAUACAAGCGCUGCAUUCAUGUUGAAAACAAACAGUCAGCAUAAUCUGCAUAUCACAUUCUGCUGGGCAUUAUCAGGGCACUGCUGUCAUGUGCAGAUUGCUCUCUGACUCUCCUGUGUGGCCCAGACCCUGGCCAGUUGGUCACAUGACAGCAGAUCUCCACGUGAUGUCGAGUUUAGGUACAUAGAUUUUGUAACGCAUAUAAAAGAAAUAUUUUUUUAGGCAGGAGAAGUGGAAAGUGUGGUCACUGGCCUUGGGCGGGCCUUGCCAAGAGAGUCAGUCUAACUCAGGUGCACCUCAAUCGCUGUGCCUUCAUCCCUGUCUUUCCCCUUUCUCGUGUCCCACACUUCUAAUUGUUCAUGCCACGUUAGCCAGGUCUCAAUUGUUUCAUUUGUUUUUCGAGAAAAUUGCGGUCUCAUUCUUAGAAAACAUCUCCAUAGAUUUUCAGCUCCAGCGGUUUCCUUCAUUUGCUUUAGUUUUGAAUGCUGUUCCAGGUAACUAACUAUAUCCUUUCAGUCCUGCUGGAGUUGAGGGUGGUGCUGUUUGUGGUAAAUGUUUUGGGUAGCAGAGUUGUGCGGGUGGCAGUGUUUAUUGCCAGUCAGGCCUGAAGGAGAAUGUUGUUGACAGUGUUUCAGGGCAGUUUAGGGGACUGUCGGUGCCUAUAUCAGCGUUUGCUUAUGAAUUGUAUCUGUCUGUGUCCUGUCCAUGUAAAUUACCUUGCUGCAGGACCUGAGGAGUCGGAUACACCGGCUCAAAUCCUGUCACACACAAGCGCUGCUCCGACUUUGCUCUCCAGAGCCCGGGGAACAGGGAGCCUCUGAGCUAUUACAUAACAGACGGACGGCUGAGCGGCACCUCUGCUGACAGGCAAUUAGCUGUGAUUAUGAGAUCCACCGACGACAGGAACCCAUGAAUCACACGGCUAAAGAGAGCUCUGUCUCAAGCUGUCUUUGUUUUCUCUUCCCCUCCCCAUUUCUCUCUCUCUCUUGCUUUCUCUCUCCUUCUUUGUCUCUCUCUCUCUCUCUUGCUCUCUCUCUCCUCUCUCCCUCUCUCUCCUUCUCUCGCUCUCUCUCCUCUCUGUCUCGCUCAUUCGCUCUUGAUAAAAUGUAAAGGCAAAUGCUUAUUAGUUUCAUGGCUCUACGCUGAGGUUUUUUGGAGGCUCUGUGCCACACCCCCCCCCCAUAUUCAGUGACAUUGGGCACUUCUGCGUGGCAGAGAUGCUGCAAGCUGCUCCAGAUUUCUUGCCUGUGUGUGUGGGGGGACUUGUGUUUCUGAUAAAAGACUUUGCACAUCUAAGAGCCCUGAGCAGGCUGAGGGUGGGAGAGAGCAGCCAUACACUCUACCCUAUUUUUUUGCAAAGCAGUGGCAUGUGCUGUUACCAGCCUCCUGCUGUCUCCUUCUGCAUUAUUAUUGUUACAUGGCCUAGAAAAAUUGGCCUGACACUGAGUGAGUGCGUUUAUAUAGGCAUAUGUGCCUAGGAAUAUGUGCAUUAUAUCCACAGAUAUGAGAGAAAAGCGAGUGUCGUGUUUAACUUGCAUUAGCCUUUGUCAGUGCUGGAGUCUUUAAUUAAAAUGCCCCGUCCUCCUCUGAGAGCCACACAGGGAGGUGCUCUCCAGCAGGUCCCCACUUGCCCCUCACACAGUUUGAGUACCAAACCCUCUCACUCUAAAAGAGGUGCCAGACUCCCGGAGGCUCAGGGACCCAACACCCACAGGCCUCAUCACACAAAACAUAGCAUACCAUUUUAUAGUAAUUGCCCUGUAUUUUUUUUUUUGUUUUGUUUUGUUUAAAAAUGCCUUUUUUGUCUGUGUAACUGUGAGUAGGGAAUAGUAGAUUCUAUUCUCUCUCAUUUUCAUUGGUGCCUCAAUGUUUGCCAUUCCUGUUGUCCCGGCUUACUUUGAAAGCAGUUUUCAGAUGCUUGGUUGGCCAGAUAACAAGUCACAUGGUCGAGGGUCUUAUUCCCUCUCUGCCCAAGGCAGGUCGAAUGUGCAUACUUUCUCCCUCAUUAAACUGUCAGUCACAAACACACUUACAUAUGGGCUACAGUCCCAGGCACUGAUCCUGGAUCAGUACCCACCUUUCACACAAAUCACUGGGGUUAUGAUUAGUGGUGUCCAUGCUGACCCUGCAUCAGUUGUUUGUGAGCAGAAAGCCAAUCGAGUACAGAGAAUCCAAUCUUGCUUUCCUCUUCACAGAUACUCUUUCCGCUCAGGGAAGGAAAAACAGUGGUCUGAAUUGUUCUGUAGUCUUUUUCUGUGGGUUUCAUCCACAACAAACUGUCCAGAAUCCUUCUUCUUUCCCAUUGUCCUGGCCCAAGAGGGGGGUGUCCAGGUGUGUACAGAGUCACAGAGGGAGGCAGUCUCAGCAAGAGGUCAACUGUAUAUAUAUUGUUUUUCAGAGUGAAGAAGAGCCCCUUUGUUGAUCGAUUUCAGUUGAGAAAAUGGGUUUUCAGGACAAUACUGAAAUGCUAGCCUGCUUGAAUGAGCAAUGCAUCCUGAAAUGUGCAUGGUGACCUUGGCUGCUUGCUUUUGGUUGACAGUUGAAUGUGCAUGUAAGGGAAGUGGGUGAGAGUGAGGGGGAGGGGGGUGGGGGUCGGGGGAUGGAGCUGUCACUUGAAGGAGGGGCCCUUAAAGCCAGCAAUGAUUUCCAUUCUCAAGCAAAUGUGGUCCUUAAAGUUAGUCUUGGGACUAGUUUUCAUUCCCAUCCAGCUGCCUUAGUUAAUGGAUGUCCUUAUUUUGUCAAAUCUGACCAUGAGAUUGUGGCUUAAAAUUGGAAGAUUAUUUUAAGGUGUCUGAAAACCAAAAACCAAAGGCACUUUCAAGCACCAGCAUGAUCAGCUCUGUGGAAUCACUGCAGCUCCUGAGGUCUGCAGUGUGCAGCAGGCUAGCGGAACUCCCUCCCUCCCUCCCUCCCUCGCCAGGCUCACUGGAAGCGGUGAUCGCUGACCUCUCCUUAGGCUCCUUCCCGCAGUGGUUUACUUUCCUGUAAAAACUCGCUCUCUUUCUUUUAUCAAUCUUCUUUUUUUAUCUUUCGGAAUGAUUGAUACUUAGUAAAAAAAAACCUUUUUCUCUCUCUCUGUUGCAGCGCUUGCCAUGAUUUGAAGUUAUGAAUAAAAAUCUUUAAUGUUAUUCCCCUG